AUGCCCCCUGCCCCCCACCACCUCCGAUUCCCGCUGCCAGCACCCCCGCCCGCCGCCGAGCCAGCCAGGAUGUUGGGGCUCUGGAGCACCUUCAGCAGUGUGUUCCUCUACCUCUCCCUGGCCGUGGGCCUCGCAGGGCUGCUGGGCAACGGGCUGGUCCUCUGGCACCUCGGCCUCCACAUCGAGAACGGCCCCCUUCUCCGUCUCCGUCCUCCACCUGUCCACGGCAGACUUCGUGUUCCUCGGCCGCCAGGUGGGCCUCUCCAUGGCGCAGGCCGCCCUGGGCCCCGGGACAGCGUCUACUUUGCCGUCACCUUCGUGGGCUUCCCCGUGGGGCUGUGGCUGCGGGCGGUUUUCAGCGCCGAGCGACUCUCACCCCUUCCCGACCUGCUACCAGGGCCGCCGCCCCAGACCCACCUCGGCACCGGCGGCGGCCUGAUCUGGGCCCUGACGCCGCCGGCCCACGCCUGUGGCCGCUCACCCGCGGCGGCACCACGCGGCCAGCGUCACGUGGCUGCCGCCCGUGGCCUGCGUGGCCGGCGUGGCCCUCUUCGUCCGGGUGGGCAGCUACCACGGCGCCCGCCGGCCCAGUUCUUCGGCGUCUCUCUGGGCUCCGUGCCCCUGCUCUUCUGCCGGAGCCUGCGGCCCGUCCUCACCUUCCCGCUGCCCGCCCUCCUCCCGCGGGCCACGCUGCUGCCCGCCCGCGUCCACGGCAGCGCCAAGCGGCUCACCCACUUCAGGGCGGGCCGCUCUCCAGAGGUCCCGGGGGAGGAGGCCCGGCUGGAGGCCGGGGGCUGUCCCUGCCCAUGGGCCUGCUGUAGGCGCCGCCCCCCACCCCGCCCGACCCCUCCCGGGUGA